UAGAAACUCGCCCGCCGCCACGCACACGCCCGACGAACGACGCCUCGCCGGAGGCAGAGGCACUCGCCUCGACUCGGCCUUCGCAUUCGCUGGGAAGCCGAAGGCCGUAAAGCACUACUUCAGUAGAGCACGGCGGCGCGGCAUGAGGGGCUUCCGCAUCGCGCUGACCCGCGCGGCGCGUGCGCGGGCGGAGCUCCAGGCCGCGCAGCGCCGUCGGCCGUCGGAUCUCGCCCAGCGUUUUUCCCACUCCGCGCCGGCACCGGCGAGGCCGUCCUUCGGCAUCGCAUUCGACAUUGACGGGGUCAUCCUGCGCGGCCGCAGCCCGAUCGGGGGCUCCCCGCGGGCCAUUCGCCGCCUCUACUCCGAAGACGGUACCCUGAAGAUUCCGUUUCUGUUUUUGACUAACGGAGGAGGAGUUCCAGAACACAGAAGGGCUCUUGAGCUAAGUGAACUUUUAGGGGUUAAUAUUUCUCCAGCACAGGUCGUGCAUGGCCAUUCUCCUUACAGAGAGCUGGUGCAUAGUUUUGAAAAUGACCUUAUUGUUGCUGUUGGAAAAGGAGAGCCUGCAGUAGUGAUGUCUGAGUAUGGAUUUAGAAAGGUUCUAUCCAUAGAUGAAUAUUCAUCAUAUUUUAGAGAUAUUGACCCCCUAGCUCCUUUCAAGACUUGGAAAGUUGGGCAAACAGACAGUAACAUGUCUGCCAAAGUGCACACAUCAUACAAUGUUUAUACAGAGCGAGUUAAAGGAGUGUUUGUUGUCAGUGAUCCUGUCGACUGGGGAAGAGAUCUGCAGGUACUUUGUGACAUUUUGUCAACUGGUGGACUUCCUGGAAGUGAAAAAGGGGACCAACCUCCUUUGUAUUUUGCAGCUGAUGAUCUUGAAUACCAGGCUGCAUUUCCUUCUGAGCGGCUUGGAAUGGGUGCCUUCAGAAUAGCACUGGAAAGCAUCUUCAAUCAAGUAAAUGAUAAUCCACUGAAGUAUACAUCUUACGGGAAGCCGAAUCCAUUUGUGUUCAAGAAUGCAGCGAACAUACUUGAAAAACUUGUUAUGAGUAUGUAUCCAAAUUCACAGACAUCAAAGGAAGUAAAAGAUUCCCAGUUCUCAACUAUCUACAUGAUUGGUGAUAAUCCCAAAGUUGAUAUCAAUGGAGCUUUGAAGGCUGGCCACCCUUGGUCGUCUGUUCUUACAAGGACAGGUGUUUUUAGGGGAAAGGAUAACGAUCCACAGUUUCUUGCUGAUUUGGUUGUUGAUACUGUUGAAGAUGCCAUUAACUAUAUUUUGGAGAAGGAAUGUAUACGGUGACAAUAUCAUUGAUGUGAGGGCGCUAAGCAUCUAUGCUCUGUUGACCCAUCGUUGUUAUUUGGCAUGCUUGACAACAUGCGCUACCCAUUUUUUCUGUAUUGUAAAUUUAGUAUAAUUGUUGUCUGGAGUUCUACCUCUUAUUCAUGCUACUAACAAAUACGGGUUAGAGACAUCAAACCAUAAUCUGAUGCUCCUAUAUUUUAGGUGAAGAGGCUAAAUUAUCUGUACAAAGGUCAAAGCAGUGGAGCUGAAACUGAAAUACACCUCGUUUGUAAUAGGUGUUCUUGUUUCCAUGCAGAUUAUCUGCUUGAUCUCGUACUGGACGUUAGUUGUCUGAAUAUAUGAAAUAUAGCCUUCCAUUAUCACAAUCAUCAA